UGAAAACUUUCAACCACCAAUGGACAAUAGUCCAAAUGCAGUACUUACCCAUAUCGCCAGCAUCACUAGGCCACCACACAUGUCCAUUACUCCAUUUUAAAGCUACUCAGUGACAGUCUGCCAUAGCUCACACUUCCAUACCUCAUCUCUUUCUCGUCCAUGGCUAUUUUCCUUCUCUUCUUCCUUUCUUUACUUUCUUCCUCCUUUUCUUCUUCUACGAAUGACCUGCCCAGAACCUACAUAGUUAAAGUCCAACACGAUGCCAAACCAGCUAUUUUCACUCUCCACAAGCACUGGUACGACUCUUUCCUUUCCUCCCUCUCCUCCUCCGUCGAUAAAACGCCGUCUUCCUCCCCGCCUUCUGAGUCCCGUAUCAUUCACACUUACAAUACUGUUUUCCACGGCUUCUCUGUCAAGCUUUCUCCAGUUGAAGCGCUUAAGCUUCAAACCUUUCCCCAUGUACUCGCCGUCAUUCCUGAACGUGUCCGGCAUGUGCAAACCACGCGGUCCCCUGAGUUUCUUGGUCUAAAGACCACCGACAGUGCUGGGUUGCUUAAAGAAUCUGACUUUGGCUCGGAUCUUGUUAUUGCAGUUAUCGACACCGGAAUCUGGCCUGAGCGGCAAAGCUUCAAUGAUCGGAACUUGGGUCCUGUGCCAGCGAAGUGGAAAGGGAUUUGUGCAAGUGGUAAAGACUUCAGUUCAUCUUCUUGCAAUAGAAAGCUUAUAGGAGCUCGUUACUUUUGCAAUGGUUACGAAGCUACCAACGGAAAGAUGAAUGAGUCGACGGAGUACCGAUCUCCACGGGAUUCCGACGGCCAUGGCACUCACACCGCAUCCAUAGCCGCUGGCCGUUACGUAUUCCCAGCUUCAACACUUGGCUACGCCAAAGGUGUCGCAGCAGGAAUGGCACCUAAAGCUCGACUGGCCGCUUAUAAAGUAUGCUGGAAUGCCGGAUGCUACGAUUCCGAUAUCCUCGCCGCAUUUGACUCCGCCGUUAACGACGGAGUGGACGUUAUUUCUUUAAGUGUCGGCGGCUUGGUGGUUCCAUAUUAUUUAGAUGCCAUUGCUAUUGGUUCUUUUGGAGCUAUAGAUCGGGGUGUUUUUGUCUCUGCCUCUGCUGGUAAUGGCGGCCCUGGUGGCCUUUCAGUAACCAACGUAGCACCUUGGGUUACAACAGUUGGUGCUGGAACUCUUGAUAGGGAUUUUCCAGCUGAUGUGAAGCUUGGAAAUGGAAAAGUAAUUCCUGGUAUGAGUGUUUAUGGUGGGCCAGGUUUGACUCCAGGUAAAUUGUAUCCUCUAAUUUAUUCUGGUAGUGAAGGUGCUGGAGAUGGUUACUCUAGUUCAUUAUGUUUAGAAGGUUCUUUAGAUCCUAAACUUGUUAAGGGCAAAAUAGUGGUAUGUGACAGAGGAAUAAAUUCAAGAGCAGCUAAAGGUGAUGUUGUUAAGAAAGCAGGAGGUGUAGGAAUGAUUUUAGCUAAUGGGGUUUUUGAUGGUGAAGGUUUAGUUGCAGAUUGUCAUGUAUUUAAAGGUACUAGACUUGGCAUUAGGCCGGCACCUGUUGUCGCUUCAUUUUCUGCAAGAGGUCCUAAUCCUGAAUCCCCUGAAAUUUUAAAACCUGAUGUUAUUGCUCCUGGUUUGAAUAUUCUUGCUGCUUGGCCUGAUAAAGUUGGACCCUCUAGCGUUCCAACUGAUAACCGAAGAACUGAAUUCAACAUUCUUUCUGGAACUUCAAUGGCCUGUCCUCAUGUUUCUGGUUUAGCAGCCUUGUUAAAGGCUGCACACCCAGAUUGGAGUCCAGCUGCUAUAAGGUCAGCCUUAAUGACCACUGCUUAUACAGUCGAUAAUCGCGGGGAAACAAUGCUUGACGAGUCUACUGGAAAUACUUCGACUGUGAUGGAUUUUGGUUCUGGUCAUGUUCAUCCACAAAAGGCCAUGAAUCCUGGCUUAGUUUACGAUGCAUCAACACUUGAUUAUGUUGAUUUUCUCUGCAACUCAAAUUAUACUAUUAACAACAUUCAAGUUGUAACAAGAAGGAAAGCUGAUUGCAAUGGAGCAAAAAGAGCAGGUCAUUCUGGAAACUUGAAUUACCCAUCAAUGUCUGCUGUAUUUCAAGAGUAUGGGAAGCAUAAAAUGUCUCAUUUCAUUAGAACAGUAACUAAUGUUGGGAAUCCAAAUUCUGUAUAUAAAGUUACAAUCAAGCCACCAGUUGGGGUUAAUGUCACAGUAGAGCCAGAAAAGCUUGUAUUUAGAAGAGUUGGGCAAAAACUGAGCUUUCUUGUUAGAGUAGCAAGUAGGGCAGUGAAAUUAUCACCUGGAGGGUCAAGCAUGAGAAGUGGUUCAAUAGUUUGGUCAGAUGGGAAGCAUACAGUGACCAGCCCUCUAGUCGUUACAAUGCAGCAACCUCUUUAGGAAUUUUGCUUUAUAUUUGUGUAUUCUGUAGGUUUAUAUAUAAAUAUUUACAUAUGUCAUCUCUUUAUGUAUAAAGAGAAAUGUAUGAGGAGGGUUUAAGGUUUUCUAUAUCAGAAAGCAAGAGUUUGGGAAUUGGGUUUUUAAUGUAUAAUUAAUUUGGGUAGCAGAAGAGUCUAGAAAGAAAAUGUUUGUAGAAAUGUUGUAUGUGUGUGUGGGUUUUGACUAAGAAGCCAAAAAAUCAUAAUGAAAAGAAGACUUCUCUUUUCUUUUUGGAAACCUUGUAA